AUGGCGGCCCUCGCUGUAACCUUUCAAGUACUGACGGUCAUCACGUCCGUCUGUAUGCGGAUUGCGCCCUUCCCGGACUUCUGGCGGGUAUACAAAGCGAAACGAACGGGCGAAGUGCAGACCCUGCCUGUUGUGCUACUCUUUACCAACUGCGCCGUGCUUGUCUGGUACGGCUACUUCUCGGGGAACAUUCUACCGCUCGUCGUGACUUCCGUUCUCGGGCUUUUUACCUCCGUAGGGUUCAUUGCAAUCUUCUAUCGCUACACCGACAACCGGCGAUCUGUGCACAAAACUUGUGCUCCAGCCAUCGUCUUUAUUGCACUCGUGUGUCUGUACGGCACGAUCGGCGUCAAAGGCAUCACAGGACAGUCCAAGGCGUCGAUGGCUACAACCAUGGGCGCAAUUUCCUUCGCCACGUCCAUCGGUCAGUACGGAUCUCCGCUUGCUACGAUUCGUAGGAUAGUACGUACGAAAUCAACGGCUUCAAUGCCUUUCACGCUCUGCGUCGUCAGCUUUUGCAACAGCGCGUGUUGGAUGACGUACUCCAUCCUUCUUGGCGACGUGUGGCUUUUGCUCCGGAGUGCUUCCGGCUUCUCUCUCACGCUGAUCCAAUUGACGUUGUAUGCUAUCUACCCGUCAGUACGGUGGACGACGGCAAGAACACGAAACGACGCUUCAGCGACCGACUGCCUCGACGAAUCGCUCGAGUGUGGUACUACGCUCUCGCAGUCGGUUACGAGUAGCCGGUGCGAUCAAAAAGGAGUCGAUCUCGACAGGACGGGCGCCGACGGAGACAGCAUCGAAUUCGUUGAGCUUCGGACGCCUAGUGCACGAUAA